CCCAUUUGUGUAACGGUUCUCCAUUCUGAUGCAGUCACUUCGUGAUAUGGCAAAAUGCCGGCCCAACGUGGCACUCGCCUUAGCAGUUGGACUCUGCUAUGGCGUCUUUCUAUAUCUACCAGUAUGCAAUGGGUCUCAAGCCGAAUUUCGUGACCUCCUUUUUAUGUUGAACACUACGCAAAAAAUCUACAUAUACGCAAGAAGUAUCAUGCAUGAAGCUAACUUCGAUCACGAGAUGUGUACAUACUACACCAAGAACGACCUAAAUAAUACCGACUAUAACUUCACAUUGUUUAUGCCUAAUCACAACGUCGCCCAGAGCUACAAGCUUCAUGCAACUCUAGGAAAUGGAACCGACGACCCAGGUCCCUACAUGGAGGUACCAGAUUGGCCUGGGCUCGGUGAAGUCACAAAAAAACUCUGGCGGUACAGCUAUCCUGGGCAGUGUGCGAUUAUGUUAUAUCCCUGGCUUGGUAAAACACAGUGCGAGAUCCAUAUCCGAGAACAAGGAAUUCCAAGCAAAUAUAUAGAUCACAUAUACUAUAUCUGCGAUGGACUGUUUUGGGAGCUCUGCAGAGGCGGCACUAUGCACCGAAUUUACAGUUCAAAUUGUUCCUCUUUAUGAUUGUGUAAUUUAGUGGGUGCCUUUCUUUCCUAUAUCAUUCUUCAGAAUGACAUACAAAGAUAAAAUUUUUCUUACAGAUUG